GCUGAGGUUGUUGGAAGGUCAGGUGAAAUGCCGGCACUGUCAGAUGGGUUCAUUACUCAGGACUUCAUUCUGCUCAUCUUGUUGGUCGUUUUCACCAAGGGUCUUUACGACUUGGACAAGGACUUUUUUGAAGAACACCAGAGAAUAGAUGACUAUGACUGGGUGGAAUUUUUUGCGGGCAAUGCCAAUUGUACAGCUUGCAUCCGCAAGUUGAGGCUGAAGGGAGCUAAGUUUGACUUGAAAUACCAGAAGGCUUCCGGAGGUCACAAAUCCAAUUACAUGGACAUCAAUUCGAGCAGUGGCUUCAUACUCUGCAUCAUCUUCUUGUUGAAGUGCAAGCCAAAUGACUUCUUGGCCUGGGUUGGAAUAAAAUGUUCAAGCUGGACAUCAAUGAACAAAGGCACGAGUGCCCGCAGUGCUUGCUCUAGCACUGGAAAUUGUUCCAUGCCCUCAGUGCUGGAAGCCAAUCGAAUGCUUGAAAGGACAUCCCUUCUUCUUCUCCUCAUUGCUGCCUGUGGUGGUGUUUUUGGGCUGGAGCAGCCAGGAAAUUCCGUUCUUGAGUUCUAUCCCAGCUUUCGCUUCGUGAUUACAAGACUCAUUGAAGUGGAUGGGGUGUCAGCAGUCCGUCGAGCAGGAUGGUGGAUGAAACAUUGGGGCGCAGAAACAGCAAAACGGCAGUACGCAUACAGUAACUCCGCUACCAUCACCAGGCUCGAUCGUGGAAAGCUGACUCGUCAGCCCAAUAGCCACGCUAAGGUGCAAACAGCUACCAAGUACCAUGAUGCUCGAGGCAUUGUUAGGUACAAGGGGACCGCUGCCUUAAAACAAACAGAGAAUCUUGCUUGCAUGUGGUUUGCUCUAUAG